AUGCUUACGGAACGAGAAAUGCAAAUAAGUCCGAUUGUGCAAGAGUCUGUGGUACACAACACAAAGACUCUCGCAACUCUCCACAAUCUCACAGCCUCCCUCUUUGGUGUCGCCGCUGGUAUCCUCGGUCUUGAAUCUUACCCUGGAUUCAUAUUCUACAUCUUCUUUACGCUCCUCACUAGUGCUCUCGUAUAUGUGUUUCGGAUAGCUCCGCAUAUGAGUAAAGAUACCAAGGGAGAUCGAUAUUUUAGGGGCGCGUGGGAGUUUUGGUCGGGUGGGUUAGUAGAGGGUCUUAGUGGAUUUGUGUUGACCUGGACUUUAUUUUAUGGAUUGGUUAGGGCGUAA